AUGGGACAAAGAUCCAAGAAAGCUUUGGCAGUUAUUCAUGUUUGUAUUGUUGUAAGGGCAUUCAGUAGAGGCAAUGAGCAUAUUGGUUUGGCUCUUGGCAACAAUAGUGAAACCAAAAUGUCGAAUGAGGACUUGAAGAAGCUUCCUUGCUUUGAAUACAAGGCUGCAGCGGAUAGAGGGAGUGGCCCUGUGGAUUGUGUUGUCUGUUUGGAGAACUUCAAAUUGGGAGAAAAUUGCCGGUUAUUGCCAAACUGCGGGCAUACUUUUCACGCUGAGUGUAUAGAGUCAUGGUUGCUGAAGACACCCAUCUGUCCAAUUUGUCGGACUAGAGUUGGUCCUCUAAAUAUUUUGGUGUGA